CUCCCGACCUUCUUUCUACUGAUUUUUCUCAUCCUAGCUUACGUCGCGAUCACUCUCAGGAAGGUCUUAGGUUAUGGUUAUGGUGGAAUAUCUUGCGAUAGCUGCGGAUAGGGUUGGCUCGGAUGUCUAGGAAGGGUCUGGCUUUCUGCUUUUGACGUAAGCAGAGGCCGUCUAUCCGCGCGAAUUAUUCUCCUCGUUUGUAGUUGCUCUUUCGUACAUAGAUCUGGCACGUCGACUCGUAGUUUAUUCGUCAUUCGCAACUGACCUCUUCGCGCGUAGGUCUGACACGAGGAGUGACCGAAAUCCUUUGACGCGAAAUUAGAUUCCUUGUUCGUAGUUGUACAUCGUUCUGAGGCGAUCUGAUAUUGCUAGUUUUACGGCCAAUAGGGUUGAUGUAGAAGCUCUGACCCCGAAAUCGACGCUUAUCGGCACCCUGACCCUGAAAUCGACGGUUAUUGGCACUCUGAGCACUGAAUUUGACGUUUAUCGACACCUUGACAUUGAAUUUGACGCUUAUCGGCACCUUGACACUGAAAUCGACGGUCAUCGGCACCCUGACGCUGAAAUCAACGGUUACCGGCACCCUGGCACUGAAAUCGACGGUUAUCGGCAACCUGACACUGAUAUCGACCGGCAUCCUCAGGCGGACGCUGGAAUGGAUCCGCUUUCAGAGCAGCAGAUACGAGGGAUGCGGAUCGACGAGCUGAAGGACUUUCUCCUCUCCCAAGGCCUGUCUCUCUCCCCUCGCGAUCACAACCGUCGGUACUACCUCCAGAUCGCUCUUGAUUGGCUAAAGACGGAUCAUGGUAAGCGAGAUGCGGGUUACGAUCGGACGGCUGUCGAUGGUGUUCAGAGACGAGAUCCGACGGCGCCUGGUCCGUCUGUUGUUGUCGGCGAAUCAGGGAGAUGGUUUCAGCAGGAGCACCAGCAUCACGAGCACCAGCAACAGGCUCAACGCCAGGAGCAGCAGCACCAUCAACAAUCUCAUCAGCAACAGCCUCAACAGCAGCAGCGGCAGCAGCAGAAACAGCAGCAGCAACAGCAGCAGCAGCAGCAGCAGCAGCAGCAGCAGCAGCAGCAGCAGCAGCAGCAGCAGCAGCAGCAGCAGCAGCAGCAGCAACGUCUACACGCGAGGGAGCAGGAGCUAAGAGCCAUGAGCACGGCGCAGUUGAAGCAGUGGCUGCUCGACCAAGGCGUGGAUCUCUCCCCGCGGGAGCACAAGCGCACCUACUAUCUCCGCAUGGCUCUUCCGCUGCUCGCUUCCCCCAACGCUCCGCUCUCCUUCUCAACCCCCCAGGUCGCGUCACUGAACACGCUCUUCUCCCCACCUAUGGGCUCGCCCAUGACGCGCGCUUCCCUGCAUACGCUCUUCUCGCCUCCAACGGGCAUGACUCAUAAUACGUUCGUUUCUGCUGGCUCUGCCGAUGCGUUUCCUUCUGCUCCGUCUGCUGAUACGUUCGCGUCUGCUCCCUCAAUCGAGCAUCUAUAUGCGGAGGGUCAGGAGGAGCUUCAUGUGAAGAAGCAAGGGAGAGGGAAGUCGACGACACCUUUAACAGCAGAGAGUGGGUGUGGAAGAGCAGGACAGAAGAGAGCGGCUGGUGCAGCAGCAACGGCAGCAGCAGCAGCAACAACACCAGCAGAACCAGCAGCUGGAACAGCAGCACGUGUACCUGGGGUGGUACGGACGCCUGAUGAAACGCCUGGAGAAUCUUGGAGAACACCUGAGGGAACACCUGAAGGAUCGGGGGGGACGAGCGACGGGGAGAAGCAUUGGAGCAACAGAUGGUGGUGGUGGGACAGUACUGUCAAGCAGGGACGGCUGGAGAGGGAGGAACAAGCAGGUGCGGGUGACGUUGAUAGAGAGGAGCAGAUGCAUCAGCAGCAGGGUCAGCCUGGGCAACAGCAACAGCAACAGCAGCAACAACAGCAGCAGCACGUGCCAGGCCAGCAGGAGUGGCGGCAGCAGCAGCAGGCGGAUUCAGGCACCAGCUCCUUCGUCUCUGCUCGUGAUUCCCUGGAUUUCACCCCCCAUGGACGCAACGGGGGUCUCUUUCCAGAGAUGGGGGAGCUCAGCCGUCAUAUGGGAGGGUCAGCAGCGGAAGGGAGUGAUGGGGGAUACAAUGGCGGAGCCAUCGUUGGAGGUGGGGCUGGAGCUGGUCGUCCAGAUGGCAUGGUGGGGCGCACCUGGGCAUGGUUCUGGGGUGGAGUGCGUGGUUGUGGGGUGGCAGGCAAGAGCUCAGCAGCUAUGAGUUUCCUUUGGCUCAUGCUUUCCUGCUUGCUGUCUUUCGUUCUUCCUUUCUUCCUGUCCUGCAUGCUCCUUUCUUUCGUCCUUUCUUCGGUUUGGAGAUCGAAGGGUUCAGCAGUGCGUGAGUCGACUGGAACGCCAUCCACUCAGGCAACAUCAUCAGCAGCACCAUCAGCACCAUCAUCAGCAGCAGCACGAUCGUCAUCAGCAUCACCGUCGGCAUCAUUGUCAGCAACAGCAGCAGGAUCAUCUGCAGCAGGAUCAUCUGCAGCAGCAGCAGGAUCAAUCGCACAUGCAUCCACAAUUGGAAACGCUGCUGCGUAUCCAUCAGUCGUCCCUCUCUCUGCUCCCUGCCCUUCCCCCAUCCUGCCCCGCCAUCUCCACUUCCCUACUCCUCACCCUGCCGUCCCCCUAGCACCUUGGGCUACUGCACCACCUGAGAGAACGCAAGGGGCAGUAUCAACGCUGAUAGAACGGCUGGCCGCAUUUGCACAGAGACUCGUCGGCACACACGCAUUGGCACCAGCAGCAGCAGAGGUGGCAGCAGCAGCAGAGGCAGCAGGAGCAGCAGAGGCGGCCGCAGCAGCAGCGGCAGCAGGAGGGGGAGGGGAAGGACCAGGCGGGCUCAGCUGGUCAAGGCCGACCAGCAGGCAGAAGAAGGAGCAGAAACGGGCGAAGGAGAGCAGGCUAAAGCACGGCACAUGGUCUGUGCACAUGCUGCUGCUGCAGUUGGUGCAGCUGGUGGCGAUGGUGGGCGUGGCAGCAGGCGUAUACUCCUCCGCCUGGUCCCUCCUUCAGUCGCUGGAGCACCGCCUGCUCCCCUUAUGCGACAGCAGUGGCAGCGGUGGCGUGGAAUCGUCAGCAUCACCACAGCAGCAGCAGCAGGAGCCCCUUUUUCUGUCCCCGGUCACCUGUCUUCCCGCCACUAACCCUUCUCAUCUAUCCUCUCCUCCUCGUCUCUCUCCAUCCUCUCCUUCCCCCGUUUCUGCCUCGCCUGUGCACUGCCGGCCGUGCCCGGACCAUGCUGUAUGCUCCCAGGGUAAAGCCAAGUGCCUUCCCAGCUACAGCCCUGCUUCAUUCUUCAACCGUGCCAGCUACAGACACGCCGGUGAUAGUGUUAGCAGCAGCAGCAGCAGCGGUCGCAGUGGUAGAGGAAGCAGUAGAAGUACCAGCUGGGGGAUGGAGGGCAGUAACAGUGGCGGAGAGAUCACCUGGUGGUAUGCCCUGGUUGCUCCCUCCCCUGCAUGCGUCCCUGACCCAAUCAUGGAUCGACAGGUGGCAGCGCUGGAGAGGGACGUGGUUGAGUGGGUGUGUCAGAAACGUGCGUGGCAGAUGUGUGAGGGUGUACCUUCCAGCCUGGCUGAUGGUAUUAGGAGGACUGUGCAAGCUGUAGCUCAGAUGAUUCUGCACAGUAAUGGAGUUUCCUACAAGGGGGAUACGGGUGGAGCUGGCGAGGUUCAGAGUGGUGGUGAUGGGAAAAUGUCUUGGUGGGUGAGUGGGGAGGGAGACUUGUUUGGGGAAAGGAAAGGGAGUGAGUAUGCGAGUGAAUGGGAGGUGAGGGAGGGUCUUGGACUUCCCCUGGCCCCUGCUUCUGCCUUCCCGGUAGCAGUCAGUACGCCACACUCUGCUCCUGUGCUUCCAUUGGCGGAAGUUGCAUCAUCACCACCAGCCUCGAUAUUGGAUGGUUGGCAGCCGGAGCAGCAACAGGAGCAGCAGCAGCAGCAGCAGAAGGUUGAAGAUUUACAAAGAGCAGAGUUGGGAACUGGCAAGCAUCAGUCGGAUUUCCUGACUGCACUGGUCACUGACAGGGCCUUUGCCAGAGUUCAAGCAGGUGACACCAUGCUCCGCCUGGGCAGGAGGGAGAAAACUUUUACCUGCCCGGAUGAGCUGGCACAAGAGCUGCUGUCCAACAGCUGCUGGGCAUGGCAUGCAACGGCCUCUCAUUGGCUGGACCUGCUGUUAGCUGUGCCAUGUGGCGUUCUGUUUGCUGUUGCUGGGCUGAUGAUGAAGAGGCGUCGGGAGUGGGAGGACGCUGUCCGAACAACAUACGCUCACGUCUGUGCACUGCUGCAGCAGGCGGCAGAAGAUGCCGAAUCCUGCCGGUUGCAGACGGGAUUCGCCGGCCAGUCCUGGGUUGUGGAAGAUGUGCUCCGAGACCACUUGUUUCCACCACCUGCCUGGGCCGAUCCAUUCUUUGAUAUGCCAUCUACAGUCAUUGCUACAGUAUGUGUCACAAUACUUUGUACAGUGUGGUCUCCGGUUGUACAGUGGAGUGAGAAGAGACGGCAGCACGGGGUGAGGAAGCUGUGGAGGGAGGUGCAGCAGUGGGUUGGAGGGGACAGCAGGAUUCUGAUCUACCCAUGGAUGGUGGCAGAUGAGACGAAGGUUGUGUGGGAGUGGCAGGCUGAGGGAACCGUACCAACAUCUGCAUGAGUUAAUUCGUACAAGGCCACAACACAGCAUACUAGUUGAGGAAUCGUCUACCGUUUCACUGAUACCAUUACGUCAGCACUACUCUGGCUAGUUUUCUUUGUCAUAUGUGGAGUAAUGUGUAUGUGAUGAAGGUAUAUCACAGUUGAUGAUAUCAAACAUAACUUAGGUUGUUACUGUAGACUAUACAGGUUUGUGACUAUAGAGGGUACAACACUCUAGUCUAUAUUGCCCUGUAUCCUCCUAUU